AUGCAAAGCGAUGACGAAUCUGGCAGAGAUGAAUUCGAAUCUGGAAUCGCUUCAGAAGAUUCUGCUCUCACCAAAGCCUUCUUUGUCGACGACGACACCUUCAGAGCCUUUUGCCGCCGACCAAGCCCGCACCAUCAACUCUCCAUUCGAUUUGUGUUGUCAAGGCCUUUCUGCAACGGAUCUGACUACUGGGUUGUGCAUUUAUGGUUUGGAUUUCAGAUACCAAACCCAACGUCUUCCCUUCUAUUUCUUCGAUUCUCUGUGAUUUAUGGGUUUGGAGUCAAUAGCAUGGCUACCAUUUCAUUCAGGCAUAACCCACAACUAAACGGCACUCAUCAGCAAAAGGGUGUCAUCACUGAGGAAAUUGAAGGACUCAUAAGAGUCCAUCGAGAUGGACGUGUUGAGAGGCCACCACUUGUGCCUCAUGUCUCAAGCGCAGUGGCACCAGAACGCGGUGUCACUGCAAGAGAUGUUGUAAUCAACAGCAGGGACGGACCUAGAGAUGCCAAUUUAUGGGCACGUUUGUACGUGCCAUUGAGCUGUGGUCAUCAUGGCAACAAGGUUCUUCCUCUGCUUGUUUACUUCCAUGGUGGUGGAUUUUGUGUUGGCUCUGCUGCUUGGAGCUGCUACCAUGAGUUCUUGACCAGCCUUGCUGCCAAAGCAUACUGUGUCGUUGUCUCUGUAGAUUACCGUUUAGCUCCUGAGAACCGUUUACCUGUUGCAUAUGAUGAUGGCUUCAAUGCUCUCAUGUGGGUGAAGAGAGAAGCUCUGAAUGGCUCAAGUGUGCAAAAGUGGUGGCUGAGUCAUUGCAAUUUAUCAUGCUUGUUUCUAGCUGGUGACAGUGCAGGGGCCAACAUAGCUUACAAUGUGGCCACUCGCCUAGGAUCAAGCUCAAACAUUCUGAAUCCAUUAUCUCUCAAGGGUGUGAUCUUGAUCCAACCAUUCUUUGGAGGAGAGGAAAGAACAAUCUCUGAGAAGCAUUCCUAUCAGGUACCCAAUUCCGCACUUACUUUGCCAGUUUCUGACACUUACUGGAGGCUAGCACUUCCUCUUGGAGCUACACGUGACCACCCCUAUUGCAACCCUCUUGGCAAGUUGAGAGAUUUGAGGCUUCCAUCCAUCAUGGUAUGCGUUUCAGAAAUGGAUAUACUCAAAGAUAGAAACUUGGAGUUCUCAAACACCUUGGCAAAAGCAGGGAAAAGGGUUGAAACAUUUGUCUACAAGGGAGUAGGCCAUGCAUUCCAAGUGCUGCAUAAUUAUCAGCUUUCCCAUUCUCGGACCCAAGAAAUGAUAUCUCAUAUCAGGAACUUCCUGAACCAGUAA